AUGGUACAGGCUUCAUCAUAUGGCGCUUUAAUUCUUUUCUGGGCCUUGUGGAUAGGAAUGAUUGGAGGAGCAACUCUGAUUAUAAUAGUGAACAACCACGAUAUUACCACAACUAUAGCUCCCUUAACAACUCGCGCUAUGAAGCAUGCCUUCUCUUCUGACUCUCAAACUGAUAUACUGCAAGCUGUGCCCAAUUCAAUGGCCUUUAAUUCUAUGACUUCAGACAAUAGAAUACCAAAACAAGCAUUUAUGGUGUGA